AUGAGCAAGAUCUCCAACAAAGUAGGCUUCGGUGAAGCCAUCAAAAGGUUCCAGGAGAGUAAGGUACUUCUCGUAGGUGCAGGCGGCAUUGGCUGUGAAUUAUUGAAGAAUCUGUUGAUGUCUAAUGUGAAAGAAAUUUGUAUUAUUGAUUUAGAUACUAUAGAUCUAUCGAACUUGAAUCGGCAGUUUCUAUUUCGGAAACAUCAUGUGAAGCAAGCCAAGGCAAUAGUAGCUAUGAAAACAGCUCAGUCCUUCAAUCCGAAUGUGAAAAUAGAGGCAAUCCAAGCGAAUAUCAAGGAGCCCCGAUUCAAUAUUUCUUGGUUUCGCCAAUUUGGUAUUGUUUUCAAUGCGCUAGACAAUUUGGAUGCCAGGCGUCACGUUAAUAAACUAUGCCUCCUUGCUAAUGUUCCACUUGUGGAAAGCGGUACUACAGGAUUUCUUGGUCAAGUUCAAGUCAUUAUUCAUGGGGAAACAGAAUGCUACGAUUGUAAUCCUAAACAGCAACCAAAGGUCUAUCCAGUAUGUACAAUCCGAAGUACGCCUAGCCAACCAAUUCACUGUAUCGUGUGGGCAAAGAGCUAUUUCUUUCCACAACUGUUCGGUGAUAAUGAAGAAAAUGAUGAAGGGAUACAAAAUAUUGCUCAAAACGAAGCACAAAAGAAAGAGAUAGAAGAGUUGGCACGUGAAACAAGAGAGCUUGCUGAACUUAGAAACUCCCUCGUAACUGACUCAAACGCUUUUGAAAAGAUUUUUGAUAAAAUAUAUCAUAGAGAUAUCGCUCGACUUAGAGACGUGCCUGAUAUGUGGGCUUAUCGUGCUCCUCCUACGGUUUUAGACAUUGAUGAUUUAGGUCAGAAAGCCGGUCAUUUAAGUUCUCCUUGGCUGGAUGAACAAAAAAUCUGGACUCUGGAGGAAAACUUUUCCGUCCUAAAAUCUUCUAUUCAACGUCUUUCGCAAAGGCUGAAGCAUUUUGCCAGUGAAGGCUUAUCAUUCGAUAAAGAUGAUAAAGACACCAUGGACUUUGUGGCUGCUUCUGCAAACCUAAGAGCGUAUUCUUUUGGUAUUGAGCAACAUUCUGAGUUUGACAUAAAGCAAAUGGCCGGGAAUAUAAUUCCUGCGAUUGCUACCACAAACGCCGUUAUAGCUGGGCUCUGUGUUACUGAAGCGCUUAAAGUAUAUCAAAAUGAUAGCGAUGAACUCAAAAACGUAUUUAUGGCGAAAAGAGCCGACCGUGUUUUUCAUGGAGAGAAGGUAUGCAAGCCUAAUCCAUAUUGCGCUACAUGUUCGUUUAAGCAUAUGAAGUUACCUGUCGAUCAUAAUCGCAUGCUUUUAAAGGACCUUGUCAAACGCAUUUUACAGGAUGUUUUGCAUUAUUCUGAGGAAGUUAGCGUCUUAAAAGAAGAUCUAAUUUAUGAUGUUGAUUUUGAAGAUAAUUUUGAUUCGACUUUAGCUGAUCUUGGAAUAAGUGGUGAAAAUAAUACAGUUCUUACUAUUCUGGGUGAAGAAAGAAGAUCGGACAAUGAGGAAACAACGAAUUCACAAAAUGUAUCUCGCAUACCUCUUCUUCUUGAAAUACUCCCCAUGGAUAAGCAUAUAGAUACAUCGAACACACCCUAUCGAUUACCUUCCGAGACUAUAAUUAUUCCGCUAACACCUGAGCCGUUGCAAUCUUCUUCAGACACUGAGACAGAAAUGGCUGACACUAAGGGUGUUGAUGACAUCUUUGAAGUUAUGCCUUCAGAAAACGAAAUCAUAGAUAUAGAAGUCAUCGAAAGUGAAGACGUGCCCAAUUCAGGUUCUCCAAAACUACGGGCUAGUUCAUUGAAAAGAAAACCUUCCAUAGAUGAUGAAACGGAGACAAAAAAAAGCAAAAACUAG